UGUAAGUUGAAAAACUGAAACAUCUUUUUUGUUUAACGAAAGGUUCAUUCUGCUUUAUUUUUUUUAUACUUGAAUAGGCAACACCAGUCAAGAUAAGUGCAGUUGUGAACAAAUAAAAGUUAGAGGAUUCUUCUUGUUUGUGUUAAUUGAAUUUGGAUGUAUCAAUAUUUACCGGUAUAUAUUGGUUUAGCUGUUAUUGUUGUAGCAGUUGUGUUGCAACACAAAUAUCAAAUCCUUCAAUUUUUGAUUUUUCAGGUAAAUGAUUUCAUGGGAGGAAAAGGCUCUAAAGCCGCAGUGAAUAUGAAUAAAAAAUUGCAUGAGAAAGCGCGAUGUGCUAUAUAUCCUAGAACUAAAGACGUUAAACGGUUUGUAGUACCAGAUAGUAAAGUGCCAUGGAGUGUUCAAUUCCCAGAAUAUAAACCUGUAGAUUUUACAUCAGAAGGUGUUAAAGCUGGUCCUGUAUGGGCUGAUAAAGAUAUCAGAGAACCUAAUGCUCCAGUAAUUAAAUUUAAUUGUAUAGAUGGUGUUAUAAAUAGAACCAGUUUUACAGGAAAAUAUGAAAUAGUUAAUAAAUGUCCAAGAAAUCCCGAAGGUCGAACAGGUUUAUGUGGACGUGGUUCUUUAGGAAGGUGGGGACCAAAUCAUGCUGCCGAUCCUAUAGUUACAAGGUGGAAGACUAGUGAGAAGAAAAUAUUACAGUUUAUAGCUGUACAGAGAAAAGAUAAUGGAGAAUGGGCUAUACCUGGGGGUAUGGUUGAUGCUGGAGAAGUUGUAUCAGUGACAUUACGUAGAGAGUUUGGAGAAGAAGCUCUUAAUACAUUUGAAGCUACACCACAAGAAAAAGUACAUAUAGAAAAAUCAUUAGAUAAAUUAUUCCAUUCAGGAAUAGAGGUUUAUAAAGGUUAUGUAGAUGAUCCAAGAAAUACAGACAAUGCAUGGAUGGAAACAGUAGCUAUGAACUUCCAUGAUGAAAAUGGAGAUAGUGUAGGACUAUUUAAGUUAAAUGCAGGUGAUGAUGCUAUGGGAGUACAAUGGAUGGACAUAACUAGAAAAACAAAACUCUAUGCUAGCCAUGAAGAUUUUAUUAAAACUGUAGCACAAAGACAUAAAGCCACCUGGUAGUUUUGGUUCGCUUUAUUUUAAUGCAAUGGACCACACCCAUAUAGUACAAAUUAUAUUCUUUCAUGAUUAGAUUCAAAAAUAUACAUUUGUUUUUUUGUCAAAAUGACAUUUAUAAUAAUGUCACUGUUUAUUAAUAUCAUAGUAUAUUUUAAAUCAUGAAAGUUCUGGUUAUUCCAUUUAAAAUUACCUGGUUGGGUGGGAAUGCCAAUUUUCAGAUUGAUCUGAGGAUUUAGAGGGUCUAUAAAAAAUUGGAUUCUUAGAAAUAUUCUAUUGGUAGAGUGUUUAAGUAUACUUAUUUUAUUUGUGGUGGGGUGUCUAUAAAAAGUGGCAUUCCAACUCCCUCAGGAGUAGAAUAGCCCACAAAAUAUUUACAAAGUAAUUUAUCAAAUUAAUUGUUUUUUUUAUAUAUGCUACAUAAACGUAAAACAAUAUUUAAGAGCAUGAAAUAAGUGCAACUAAUAAUAAUCAAUUAUUUAACCAGCAGGUCACAGUACCACUGAUUUGCAGGGUAACUACACUCUGUAUUUUAUUUUGUUAUGUUACAGACUGGCAUGCUAACGAUGAUAGGUUAACAUAUUGUGUGGCUAACAUUAAUUUAUUGUUUUACUAUCAUAUCUCAAAUUUACGUCCAAAAUGGAUAUUUAUUAUAUUCCUAUAGUUUCAAAAAUUUCAUUGCAUAUAAUUUUAUUUCUAAGUUUAAAAUGGGUAAUAACAGUUUUGCAUAUGUUGCUAUGAAUUUCUUGUACUAUGAACUGCACCAUUAAUGUACUGGACCAAUUAGAAAAUCAUCAGUAGUGCUUAGACAUAUUUGAUUGAAUUUAUUCAACAAGAAUUUAAACUGAGUUUUAAUUGUGACAUGUAUCGCAUAAACAUGUUAAUUAGUCUUUUGCUCUGUAAUCACUUCCAGUACUAGAAUAUGGGAUAUAGAAUAUAUUAGGACAUUUUAAUGUUUGGAGUGUGUAUCCAAUCUCUGCAGAGUUAUGUCAAUCUUAGAGCUUUAGAUUUGAUAUAAAUAGUUAAGUCUUCAGUCCAACAAGUUUGCAGGAGAUAAAGAAAAAGUAAUUACAAUCUUUAGUUUUUUUCUAGUCAUUGUUCAGUGAUAAAUCAAAUGACAAUUUUAUAAAAAGUAUGAUUUUGUUUUUCUGUUUCUUUUGGUUGGUGAUUCUAACAUCUAAAGCCAUGGUUAAGAAAAGUGUAUUCUGUGCCUGUGGCCUUGAUAAGACAGUCACAUAUGUAUAUAAUCGAAAAGUUUCAAAAGAUUUCUGUAUCGAAUGUUUUGAUUGGUCAGUAAAUCUGAAGUCAACCAAUUACAAUCUGUGUACUACUGACCACUCCCUAUGAAGAAAUGUCUUCAUACCAUGAUGAAGUGGAUUAAACAACCAACAAAUAAAACAGAACAAAAUGUUAUUGUACAAUUAAACAGAACAAAAUGUUAUUGUAUAAUUAGACUGUUAAAAUGAGAACCAUAUAAUCUAACUAUUAUCUUUUUUUACUAGUAAAUAUGGAUCUAUGCAUGUAAUUUGAAAGUAAAAUGAAUUUUAUUUGUAAAAAGAUGUGACAUGGAUUGUUAAUUCUAUAUGUUCAUCUAUCCUUGCCAUUUUUGAUUUAUUGAAAGACUUCAUGAUUUAUAUUUUUAUGUACAUGUAAAAUGCUUGGUGGUAAAGCAAUCUUCAUUGUUUCAAGAUAACAGUGAAAAUUGUCACACUAAUCCUCAUCAUCACUUCUGUUUAGCUCUUAGGUUUUAUUUAACUCUGUUAAUGUGGUAACUUUAACCCACAAGAAGUUGAAACCUUGUUAUGCUAAUGCACAAAAUUUGGUAUGGUUGUUGUAUUGUAUGUUUUUAUUGGCUAGCACACAGGCUCACUGUCCAUUAACCCCAUAUAUUCAUGUAGACGUAUUAUGCCAUCGCCCCUGUCUGUCCGUCCACAAUUUGUUUGUGGACACUCUACGGGUCACAAUUUUUAUCUGAUUUUUACGAAACCUGAAAUAUGGGUCCAUUAAAUGAUUUUAGUUCCUUUCGAAAUUGGCAUAUAUCGGACCAUAACUUCAUGGAUUAUGACCCCAAAUUGUAUGAAAAAUCACAUUUUUAGCCUGUGGACACUCUAGAGGUCACAAUUUUUAUCCAAAUUUAAAAACUGUCUAAAUAUAUCACCGUUACACGAUAAUGAUGGUUGAUUUUGGAUCCGAUCGAAACUGCCCGACAAAAUGGCGCUCCUUACACAAGUACGCAAAUAUUGUAAAAGUAUGUUAUACCAAGGUUGUGGACCCUCUUGAGGUCACAAUUUUUAUCUGAUUUUUAUGAAACUUAAAAUAUGUUUAAAUCCCAAAGAUCUAGGUACCUGUAGAUAUUCACGCAUAUCGGACCGUAACUUCCUGGAUUAUGGGCCCUGAUUGUACAAAAAAUCGCUUUUUUUUUUUAGCUUGUUCUCUGUCCAUCUCUUGCAAAAUGUGGGCGUAUCUUGCAUGGCAACCAACCACUUGCAUUUAAAGAGCAUGUAAAUUGUCUGAUGAAUCCAUGCAAAACUUUCUUCUAAAAAAAAAAGGUCUUCCCAUUCGUUUUAUAUUAACCACUUAAAUGAAUGUGGGAUGUAUCAAAAGAUAUGUAAGAGAUGCUACCCUACUUUUACAUAUAUCACUACAGUUACAGAUUCAAAAUGGGAUGUAUCAAAAGAUAUGUAAGAGAUGCUACCCUACUUUUACAUAUAUCACUAAAGUUACAGAUUCAAAAUGAAAUCCACUCGAGACAUAUAUUGUAAGAAUAUUGUAUAGUCUAUCUUGAACCAUUCUAAAUAUUACAUUAUAAUAGUCAUAUAGAUCUUUGAAUAGUGUGAAAAUUUAAAUUAGGAAUUAUAAAUCUUCAUUUUUUAUGAAAUGUAUACUGUAUUAAAUGUUUCUUUAAUAUGGAAAGUUGAAAUAUUUAAGUUAGGACACCGAGUUGGGAAUUAUAAAUUUUCAUGUUUUAUGAUAUGUAUACUAUAUACAGAAAGUUUAAAUAUCUUGUUAGAAUUAUUGUAUCUUUAAUUAUCAUCAUUUUAAUAUGUCUACAUUUUAAUGUCAUUAUUAUUAUCAUCGCUCAAGGACAUUGCUCGAUGUAGUGUCAGCAAAUACUACUUUCCAUCAAACACUGGGUAUACAAAUAAUAGGCAUGUGCUGAUGGUAUUGAAAAAUGUCUGAAAAAUAUAUCUGGCAAGCAGCAUGCCAUAUAUUCUAAUGUGAAACUUACAAUGCGUAUCGAGUUGUUUUUGGUUUUUUAAAAAAUUUCAUUUGUAGAAAGCAAAAGAAAAAAAAAUGAAUCGGUUGUAUUACUUUGAAAAGGAGUAAUCUUAUAUGAUAGACUUGCUAUUCAGACUUUUAUCAACAGUGUAAAAAUAAUAUGCACACAUUAGGGUCAUUACUAGCUUUUAUAGAUACACCAAGAUGUCACUAAAUUUUUAUGCGUUACACAUUGAAAGAUUAUUUUAGCAUAAGUAAAGGUAUUACAAGAUAUUACUAGCUUUCCAUACAGUGAACAAUAUGCACUUGGUAAGAUAUUAUACUAGCUUUCCAUACAGUAGAGAAUAUGCACUUUGCAGUUUCCAUACUGUACAAAAUAUGCACUUUAGAAGAUAUUACCAGCUUUCCAUAUGGUAAACAAUGUUAUGUUGCACUCUGUUAGAUAUUACUAGCUUUCCAUAAAGUACACAUUAUGCACUCUGCUCGAUAUUACUAGCUUUCCAUACAGUACAAAAACAUGCACUCUGUACACCAAAUUUUCAGAUAUUACUAGUUUUUCAUACAUUAAUACACAAUGAAUCUUUAAUUUUAUCAUAACUGAUUUUUUUAUAGUGAUGAUUAUAGUAAUUCAUGCUAGAAAUACUAGUUCUAAUCUUAUAUUAUUUUACAUAAUAUGUAUGUUGUUAAAUCAUUCUAUAUUCAUCUUAUACAAUAAAUGGAUGUAUCCAUUUUAGAUCUAUAAUCAUCUUAUACAAU